AAUAGGCCUACCGUCCUGAAUCUGUUAUCGUUUCAAGAUCAGAGCAGAGGACAUCAAAUCCUGUUUCCCUACAGCAGCAUCAGUGUGACAAUACAAGUAUGAGUCAGGUAACUACAAUGAAAUCAUACAGUUAGCUAAAUAUGCUAAAUAUGAUGUGGCUGUCCAUGGUUCUGAUUUCUGAGUGUGCGUGUGUGUGCGUGCAUCGUGCAAGUAGAAAAACAUGUUGACUCACCCUACUUGUAGAGAAACACCAAUGCUAUCCUCUCUUUAAUGUUGACGAAAUGGUCUAUCACUCUGUCAGACAGCACACACUGAAGUGUCCUCGCAAUGAAGAAGCAAUUAGAAAGAUUUUGGAAAUGCUAGAAAUACAUCCAAAGGUAGUUCACCUUUAUUCGAUAUGAUCAUUUAGAUAAAGAGGAACAUUGUGUCCCCAAUUAAAUGGGAAAAAGCACAGCUUGAGUUUAGAAUAGUAACGUCCAGGGAAAUAACACAUAGUUGUAAUACUCCUCAUGCACACUUACCUGUAUGUGUACUGUGUAUUUUAACUCAGGUGCAGGAUGAUGAGGUCUGGGAACUAAUCAGAGCAGAAGAAGCCAGUGAUGCCCCUGAGCUGGAAAACCUGGAGGUAUGUGUGGUCUAAUUUCAGACUUUGCUACUUGGUCAAAUUACGAAUGACAGGUCAGGGCAGAGGGAGGUGGUCAGAGCAGAGGGGAUCAAAUCCUGUUUCCCUGCAGCGCAUCAUUGUGACAAUACAAGUAUGAUUCAGGUAACUACAAUUAAAUUAUACAGUAAGCAGCUGUGUAAGCCUGUGAACAAUAAUAAAUAGCCUAUCAAUCUCUUCCUCCUAGCCAAGGAUAAGUUUGGAAAAGCAAAUCAGGAGCUUCUCACCAGAUGCAGCAUCUGCCCUUGCAAGUAAGUUAUCAUAUCUCACUGAGCUUUAUGCAUUGUAUCGUCAGUCGUUGUCAACUGUGUUCCUAAUUACAUCAUAUUUUGUUUUCAGGAGCUGGAAUUAAAGAGGACAUUGAUAUUCAAGAGUUAACAAGAGAUGAUCUGAACGAACUUCUGCCAGGCCUUGAGCAUUUCAAACUUAGAAAGAGGAUCAGUGAACUUCUAACCAAAUCUAAACAGGUUGGUAUAGCCCCAAAAGCUUCUAUGGCUACUGUACCACUUUGUGGGAUCAUUCAGUGUAGUUAAUAGAAUGAAGGUUUUUGAUUCAAUAUAGAAUUCCAUUGUAUGUACUAAUCCCCCCAUGUUUUCUCAACCUUUUUUGUUUCUUAGGACACAGCUAAACCUAUCGAUUUAAUUCUUAACGAGUUUAGGGACAUUUCAGCUGUUGUCAUGAAGAGUAAGUCCCUUUUCAAGGACUUUCAGCAUAGCUGUCACCCAAUACAUUUGUGGUGUCUCUUUGGUUGUAAUUGUAAUUUUAUGCACUGGUCACUUUCUCCUUACAGAUGCACUUGUUCCUGGGGGAGUGUUACAUGGCUACGUCCCUAUUCUUAGAGAUUUGGAGCAGCAGCUUGCCAAAGCCCUGCACUUCAUUCAGGCACAUGUUGAACUACUUGAGAGCUACAAUAAAGAAGAGCCCAUGGAGGCUGAGGGCAAUGCUGUGUCCCCAUCAGUUGACUCUGCUACAGCAGGAAACCAGCUCAUCCUUCAUGAAUUACAAGACAUAGAUAAUGGUAUAAAAAUUGUAAACACGUAGAUUUCAUGAAUUGUAUAAUUUUGUUGAGAAGUUAAACAUUCAAGACAUUCACUAUUGGGACGUUAAUGGCGCUCGAACACAGUCUUGUCUUAGUUUGGAAUGACUCAGCUAACAGCCCCAAUCUUCAAUCUUUUUCAGUACAUAAAAAAUCUGUUAAAGGCGCUUCAGAACGACCAGGUAACUCGAAGUCUUAAACACAGCACAUGUUAUCAAAACGUAAGAAUUCUAUAGAUGUUUGUAAACCCUUUUAUAGCUGGCAAAGCCAACCACAAUGACUUGCAUAGACUCACAAGAAUGUGCUGCAAAAACAUUGGAUUUUCAUUCAUAAUACUUUGUUGUCCUCAGCCUUAGGUGCUGUAGAGACCCACCCCAAACGACCAAGAACAGAUGUGGAUGACAAAGGUCAUUAUCAAAGCCUAAAAACUGUUCAAUGUCAUUCAAUCCUUUAAAGUAUCAUUAAUUUCUAAGUAAAAAAAUAUGAUGUAGCAAUCACUGAUUGCCUCUUUAAGGAAUUGGAAACAAUAAUGUGUUGAGAUAGUUUGAUUUGAAUUGCUAAUUUCAGAUAGUUCCUCAUCCGUAGAUGGUAGCAUCCAGGCCCAAAAAGAUAAGGAAGGAAAAGAACCUGGAAGUUCGUGGAAGUUCUCCCACUUCUUCAGUGAAUCUCUAUUCAGAGGAAAUGAAACAAAACAUUUGCCAGGUGAGAUUCUUGGGAUAUGCUUUGUACUAAUCGAAAAUCAUUUGUUCAUGCAUUUCCUGUCAGUCCACCGUUCAUAUCAAUCUGAUUAGCAUAAAUCACUCCUCCCCUCUCCGCUGUGAUGGCUGAUGUGUGAUGAGCUUUCUAGCCUGAAAUGACUGCAAUGGAAAUCCACCACUUUUCUUUUGUAUGCAACAUCUUGGGGAUAUACUGUAUGUAGUGUUGUAAUUUAAUUAUGUUUUGUUUCAAGUAGUUAAAGUCCAUUCACAAGUAUGUGGAAAAACCCUGAACACUCACCUUGCACUCAUGAAACAAGUGGAUAAUCUGGGACUUAAGCGAGAGGAGACCAGUGCAGAGGACUGCCAAGUCAUGAUGGUCUUCUGUCCUGUUACAUCUCGUGUGGGAACUGACAUUGAGGCUGCCAUGAGCCAAGUUCCAGGUAGGAAAGCCUUUUGAGAUUACACCAAGAAAGUUAAAGAAUUCCAGACCGAAUACAAUUGUCAAUACUACUUCUAUCAUGGGAUUUACAUUUUACUCAACAGGAUGUAUUGGUCCAUGUUGUAGAAUUACUUUUUGUCUCCAAAUAUUUUUUAGUGGAAGUACAUUUCUAAAGCUUGCAUCGUUUUGUCUCUCAACAGGUAACAGAGAUGCCAUUCUAGUGGUGAUGCACCAUACUUAUGAUCAGAACUUUGUCACAAGCCGGAGAUCUGCAUCUCACUACAAAAACAUAGUGGAGGAAGUGAAUGUUCUCUUCCUUGACUCUGUGGGACUUCUGCAUUGUAAAACAAAUGAUGAAGCAGUGACUCUCAUACAUAAGGCCUUACAGAAAUACAACAGCAGUACUUAG